AUGGCGCAUUGCUACUUGGACGCCUUUCCUGGAAAUGAAUAUCUAUACUAUCUUGCCAACGAGGAUAUCCACAAAGAGCUAGGCGCUCCUGUUAACCAUACUGAUAUUUCCAAUACUGUCGGAAAGGCGUUCAGCCUAACUGGAGACUACGCGAGGAGGGAUCCCAAUGGCUACCUGAAGGAUAUUGCUAGGCUCUUAGACUUGGGUAUACAGGUCGCUAUGAUACAUGGCGAUCGGGACUUUGCUUGCAACUGGAUCGGGGGCGAACGAGUUAGUCCUAAACCCGUCACUCUCCUUGUAGUUCACGUUAAGAAAGCUGGAUACGCCGACGUAACUAUAGACGAUUCUACGCCUGUAGGACAAGUGCGGCAACAUAAUCUGUUCUCAUUCACUCGUGUCUACCAAUUUGGUUACUAUUCGACGAAUGGCCUUCCUACUUCGACAACUACCCUUAAGCCGCCUCCUCUUCCUUUAGGGACCUGCUACUUGAGAGGGAUGGCUUCUACAUGCGCAGAAAACCAGAUCGAGGCUAUAAAAGACGGAAGUGCUAGCAUCUAUAAUGGCGUAAUAGUAUCAUCGACCUCUUCGCCAGAUCUGUGUCCCGACCUGGUAGACACCUUCAGCACUACGAGUAUGGGAGGAAAAGGCCAGAACGAGGAUUAA